AAGCCGAUCAGAGCGCAGCGGCUUGCGCUCGCCGUUCGUGACUUUAUACAAAAACAAACCAUUUAUUGACGCUCAAAACCAAGUUUUAACACGCACUCACUCCGUAAUUUAACAACAAAACCCAAAACAAAUGUACUAACAGUGAAUUGUAACGUUACAACAACUCGCCAAGCAAAGUUUUUCGACUUUUGUUUAUAGUAAUCGCGGCGGCAACCUGGCCGAGUUGCGGAGAGCAACAGUUUGUUACUCGUUUACACGCGCGUCGCUUCCUUCGAUUUUGUUAGGUUAUACUUGUAUGUCAGUCGUGCAGUAAAAGACUGCGUGGUACGUCGCGUCGCUGCCGCGCGCGUUGUUAUCGUCGAAAACUUUUAUCUUGUGUCAAAUAUCUUCGAUAAACAGCGCAAAAUCGAUCCGAAUAACGAAUUUUAAUCGAAAAAGUGAUGUUGUAAGUGUUUCAGUGAUUUCUUGUGUUAGUUUCUGUGUAAUAACGAGUGCAUUCUUUGGUGAUUCAUCUCGUGACAAGAAAUUGUGUACCUACUGUGUCGCAUUGUGGAUGUAUUGGUAAAAAAUAUGUGUGCCGAGUACGAGUGAACUCUGGUUAUUUUCCGAAAAGAUAAUAAAUGCAGAGGAAUUUCAUUUGAGGGCGAUAAAAGAUACCACAAUAGUUUAGAAGGCGAUGCCUGUUGAGGAACAUAGAUGUGAACUUGUCUCGUGACUGAAGAAAUUCUUCAUAAAAAUAAGGUUCAAAAGCACAUGACCUCAAAAUGGAGAAGAAAGUUUGGAUGCUACUAAGCAUCUUCCUCGCCACAGCAGCAGCAGACUUCACAACCAACUGCCCAGAAGAGUGCAAAUGCGUGUGGGCAAGCGGGAACAAACAAGCAGACUGCUCACAUUCACAUCUAGAUGCUAUUCCUAGAAACCUCAGCUCAGAGAUACAAAACCUCGACCUUACGGGAAAUGAGCUGUAUGAGGUGACAAGACACGCCUUUCAAGAUGUCGGCCUAAUAAACUUAAAGAAACUCAUCCUAAGAGAGUGUAAACUAAUAACCAUCCAGAGAAACGGUCUAAGUGGACUCGCUAUCAUGAUAGAACUCGAUCUAUCGAAGAAUGACUUGAAGACUUUACAUGCCGACACAUUUAAGGAGACUGCUAAGAUAAGAUGGAUCUUACUAAACGACAAUCGCAUAGAAAAGUUAGAAGACGGGCUCUUCAACAACUUACCGUUCCUACAGAAAGUAGAUUUAAGCAACAACAGAAUUGUACAAGUUGGAAUGAAGACGUUCAUGAACGUGCCCAAAUUAAACAUCCUUAGGUUGGAUGGUAAUAAAUUGGAGUAUCUCAAAAUUGAUACAUUAAGUGCACUGACUUCACUAUCAAAUUUAGACGUACACGACAACCCGUGGCGAUGCGACUGCUACCUACAACCCUUUAGAAACUGGGUUAUCAGCAAAAACUUCUACACAUCUCCCAUAUCUUGUGUAGAGCCUCCUAAAGUAAAUGGAAGACUCUGGAAAGACCUAGACUCAAAAGAUUUUGCUUGCAAACCGAGCAUCGUAUACCCAUCUGUCAGCACUACUAUUCGAACAUCAGAUACUAACAUAACUCUCUCAUGUCUAGUCAACGGUAACCCGUCACCUGAGGUAAACUGGGUACUCAACGCACAAAUCAUAGACAGUGAAUAUAGAUUCCAAGGAGAGCGCAAAUACUACAUCAAACAGGAAAGUACAGACAAUGCUAAAUGGGUUAACCUAACUAUUGUAGAUCUUGGUAGCACUGACAAUGGAGAUUAUUUAUGUGUUGCGAAAAAUGCAGGCGGUGUUGAAGAAAGGAGUCUCACUUUAGCUGUAGCACAUACCUUCCCUGAAAGUGGAGUUGUUCCCCAAGGAAUGGACAAUAACAUGAUGCCAGUGCUUAUUGGCGUGUCUUGCACCGCAGCAAUCUUGUUGAUAAUCUUGGUGAUUCUCUGCUACUGCUGCUGUAGACGACGUGGUUCCGACAAGAAGAAAGCUGAGAAUUCUAAUGGGGAAGCGUUGAUUGAGGGGUCUGUGAUUCCUGAGAUGGAGAAGAGCUUAAUCACGGCUGUAAACCCAGUGACCAAGCCGCCGAGACGAUACGACGUGCCUCCAUCGAUCACCAGCGGAGCGACCGAGAUGUCUGAACUUAACAAAACAUUGCUGGACAAUGAUUCUGUUUUUGCCCACAACGAAGACGAGAAACGCUCGCUAGACUUCGACCAGCCAUCUAAACGAUCACAGGACGCCCUCAACGUAGAAUACGGCCGCACUGAUGGACGAGCCUACCCUCCGGAUCUGCUCUCGUUCCCUCCCAGAGCUGCGCAGAUAUCACCAGCAGCCAGCAACGCUUCCACUGUUCCAGACACCACCAGGCUACCACCACAGCUUAACCCAAUCAGUCCAAUACACUCUCCAAUCUACGGCAUGACCAACCAAAAUCUCUUCAGAACCUUGCCUUACUCCCGUUCUCAGUCUCCGUUCACAGCGCCUAUCACUCCACCUGUCGUAACCCCUAGGCAAGGCUAUGUGACAAUCCCGAGAAGACCCAGAGUCCCUAGCUGGUCUAGUACAGCAAGCACAAAUAUCUUGCCAAGUUCUGAAGCACAGGAACCCUUGUAUGAUAAUCUAGGGCUAAGGACUACGGCAGAUGGUAGUUCGGUAUUAUCACUAAACAAAACGGGCUUAGAACCCCAAUUCUCACCAAUGAGAAACAGACCCUUGCCAGCUACCCCGACACUGUAUCCAAACUUGCAUCCAGUAUAUUACGCACCUAUUGAAGAACAAGAGCCAGCUCCUUCGCCAGUCCCACAACAAGCAAAUAGAAACAGCAUCAGCUCUCAGCUGUCACACCAGCUCUCCACUCCAGGGCCCCAGGAACCAGUGAACCCGAGAAUGAGCUGGACAGCUAAGAAUACGUCGACCCCACAACCUGAGCCCAGGAAAGUACUUUUCAGUGACAAUAAAAGCGAUGCGCAAUCCCAAGUGUCAGAUAGUAGUACCCUUAGUCGAAGAGGCAAGCCAGAGACUGGAUCGCUUAGAAGGAUUCCAAGGGUAGAUAGCAAGGAGGAGCCGACUUCACCAUCGAAAGACGAUGCAAAGAAGAACGAGACUUCGUUGAACCAGUCGGGGACUUUGGGCAGGAGUGGUAAGAUCCCUCCUCGGCCACCGCCGAAGCCGAAGAAAAAGCCGAGUACAGAAGUAAACCCCAACGAACCACUGUUUGAGGACGAAGGAGAGGACGGUACGGAAGUGUAAUAGUUUAGACUAAAGGUUAACCAAAGUGCCAAUGAGCUUUUAGUGAGAGGAGAUAGACCUACGUCACGAUAUCAGUGAAAAGACGUGUUUUUACAAUUAAUUUUCCGCGGUGCUCCUGUAAAUAGACAUUUGUGCUAGAUUUUUUACUUGUCGCGUAAAAUUAUGGACCAUUUUAAUAUUAUAAUCAUUGUAACGCAAUUGGACGUCGCGUUCAUCUUGAUUUUAAGUAUUUAUUAUUUGUGGUACUCUUUGGUUAAGACAUGGAUGGUAAGUGUUUGAUGGUUUCUGCUGCGACGAUUGUUUCAUCAAUUUCCAAGACUGAUUACUCUAAAUUGACACGCUUUUGUGGUAUAUGAACAGUUUGAAGCUCACACUAUUCUAUCGCAUCGACUGAAUUAAAAGUUUUAUCAUUUUUAGCUUUACCUUGCUCGAUUCUAUCAGUGCUCGAAGAUUUUAUUCCACAACAUGCAUUAUUCAAAUGUGAAAGAAAGGGGAAAGUAACUGUAAUUGAACUUUGAAUUUCUUUUUACACAAGCUAGACAUGAGAAAUCUUUAUUUAUAUCAUUCCACAAUUGUAUUUGUUUGUUUGAAAUUGUUUAUAUACCACAUAUAAUUUGACAUUCCUUAAAGCAUUCUUAGUAGCAUCGACUCACAUUGCUAGAAUGAUUUUCACACAGUUUUUAUAGAAGACUGAGGCAAAUGUUCGCUUUUACUCUGUUGAUUACGUCAAUAGUUUGUUAUAAGCGUUUUGUGUUUGUUAUGUUCUAUUUGUUUAUUGUUUUUGUAUGUUGCACAUUUGGAAUACUUUAUUAAUGGUGCUAUAGGCAAAUUUUAUUCUCAACCCAAGCAUAUUUUAUUGCAUGCGCCCUGUAUAUUUGUUUUGUAGUCAGUACAUUUGUGUUCAUUCAACCCAUUAAAACAAUGGAAAUACAAAAAUCAUAUCACGAAAGAGGUCACAAAACAACAUUUUUUUAUUUUAGUUAACAUAUAAAUGUGCAACAUAUUUCAACAAAAUCCCGUCAGCCAGCACUAAAAUAUUUAACUUCGUACAUUCUAAGUUAACUACAUUUUAGUUUUUAGUCCGUAGCUGUUUGCUAAUAUUUAAUUUACCAUGUAUUCUCAAAUCUGGCAUGCUAAUUACGUCAGCCGUAUACAAAAUAGGGAUGGCAUAGUAAAUGUGAACUAUCAAUGAAAUUAUUUAAAAGGUUUGCACAAAAAGGCUACAUUACAAUAUUACCCAGCAUCUGUCACUUAUGUCAGUGUCAUGUAUAUUUUCCCGCGCUGUCACAACUGCCAGUGUCACCUUAACUAUGUGGCGCUGCCCUGGUGGCAACAUCUUGAACUAGCCUUUUUCUUAGCCAAAAAAUUAAUAACCUACAAUAUUUUGGUAAGCAAGCCUGCCAUUUUCAAAAUACAUGACGCUUAUAGGAUUGAAUUGUGUACCAAUAUUUAAUUGGGAUUUUACUAGCUGGAAAACCAAAGUAGGCAACAAAUAAAUUUUGCUAGUACUUCAAUUGAUUUUGAUUUUAUGAUACGGAAAGCAAGUUUCAUGUAUAAUGUCAAAUUGUAUUUCCUCUUAUAUUUUGAUAUUUUCUUGCUGUAAUUAAGUUCGUAGGAAGCGUCAAUUAAAAGAAAUAGAGUCACAAUAAAUUGUAUAUUACGUAGUAUUAUGUUUACUACAUUUGCUGUGAAGAUAGGCAGAUAACUCCGUAAAUAGCCAGAAAUUUUUACUCAAUAUGACUUUCUUUAGACAAUCACUAAAUCUCACGUUGGUUUAUGAAUGUUUUAUUUUCCAACAUAGAUAGGUACCAAAAUGUCGAUCUUAAUUGAAAUAUUGUAUUUGCAAAGGCUUAAAUUAUCUGCCUAUCCAAUAAUUUGAUAUGACAACCAGCGUACCCAUAAUUAUGAGAAAUAGUUCCUAAAGUUUUGUAACCAUAUGUUAGCUUAUCCGUAGCUCUAAAUAUCAUGUUAUGUUUCCAGGGUUUGCUCCCAUGCGCCCCAAUAAUUUCGAUCUUAAAAACUCUUUGAAAGUUCGGAUUUUUUCCAGUAAAUAGAUUUUUGGAACGAAUGGGAACAACCCUUUUUAAGGUCGCUUAAAGUUCUGGUGCAUAUUUUUACAUACAUUUAUUAUGUGUCUAUUUAUUUUUAUUUUUUUAAUUGUAUACUAUUUUAGUAUGUUACUUGAAAAUGCUUGGGUUUUAAAUAACUAGAGUAUAUUGAGUUUAGGCACCUACCUACCAUGUAUUAUUGUAAAAAUAAUUAAUAUUUUUCUCUUGCCUACUGGUAGCUAUGAACAUAAUCUAUGUUGGUAAAAUGAACAGCUAAAAUAACAUUAUGAAAGUUGCAGCUUCUGUAAAUAGAUUUUUCAUCAAAAUGGAAAAUAUUUCUCAUAGGUUUUGUUCCAAGCAUUUUCCAAGUAAGAGACUAAUUUUAUUUUAAUUAAGUUAAACAAGUACAUGACAAAGUUGUAUUCACAUGAAAUGUUGUAAUUGUUUAGUGUUUUUAAUUAACGCAUUUAAAAACGGGCGCGAACCAAAAUGAAGAUUAUGUAUAGAUGUAAAAUGUAUUCAAAUUGGUACUAUUUAAAAAAAAGAUUUUUUUUUAAAUAAAUGAUUUUAAAACCAAUCAUGUUACCGGCUGUACAAAUGAAAUGGUUCACAAAUACCGUCUGUGGUUACAAACGGAUCGUUAACGAAACGAAUCGUUUAUUAAAAACCGUUAAAUGUAACCUUUUGUAUUUAUCAUUCGUUUUUAAACCUGUGUUGCUAUACCGUGUCGCGUUAUUCCACUUAUUUUAUUUUGUAAAUUGUACUUCGUAUAUUUUUACAAUGUUUACUGUAGAAAUCCAGUUUUUAUAGUUUUAAGUCCAAUGUAAAUAGUUACAUUAUUGAAAAUGAUUAAAGCUAUAUUUCAUAA